GAAGUCAAUGUAAACAAAUGAAACUAGCGGGAUGGCUAGGGCGGUACAGCAGAAGACUGAUAAUUUAAUUGACUGGGAGGAGACGGCCAUCACUGGACCAGCCCUGGCAUUCCAUGCAGGGUGUGUGGUUGGUGAUAAUUUUUACAUCCAUGGUGGAGUUGAAACAAAGGACAGCAAGACCCCAUCCCACAGACUGUAUGAGCUGAGUAGUAGUGGGGGGUCGUGGAAGGAGCUCUCUUUCCCCGGAAGUCCCUCCCUCAGUCACCAUGCAGCUGCCGGGCUCAACGACAGGUACAUCAUUCUGAUCGGUGGAUGGAAUGGAAAAGCUCGCUCCUCAAAAAUAUACGUUUUUGAUACCGAAAAACAAUUAUGGAUAGAACCGGUAGUGUUGGGUUUUCCUGAGGAUGGAGGACUGAGUUCACAUACUGCCACUGCUCUCGAUUCUGGUGAAAUUCUGAUUCUAGGACGUGAAGGAAGUCUUCGGAUGCAGCGACGUCAUGGCAGUGGGUACUUAUUGUCAGGAAGUGUAGAAUCGGGCAAAUUUACAUAUAGAGAAUACACACAAGAAACUGCUUCUAGGUCAGGCCAUACUACCAACAUUAUAGGUAGCGCCCUCUACAUAGUCGGAGGCAGGGACAAUAACCUCGUAGAAGUGCACCCCGGAUUUAAAUCGCCAAAACCUCCACCCACGGUAACCAAUCAGAUAAUCACGACCAUGGGCAAACUCUCUUCUGUAUCUAAAAUGCCUUGUGGAAGAAAAAAUCACAUUACUGUGGAGUCCCCUGGAGCAAUUUUAAUUCACGGCGGAGAAACGUUUGAUGGAAAGAGUAGAGAACCUGUCGGAGAGAUGCUGAUUUUUGCCAGAAAACCAACUCCUUCUUUUUAUAAGGUGGGGGUUUCAGAAGUGAAGAGGGCAGGACAUGUGUGUGGUGUUGUAGGGGACAAAAUCCUUCUUCAUGGAGGAUUCGGGGGCAAAAACCAUGUGUACGCAGAGACUUUCAUUUUAGGUUAUAAAAAGUAAAGAUAAGAUAACUUUAUUGACAAUUACCAUGUAGGCAUAUAGACAUUGAUAACAAAACUAAACACGGAUUAAUGCAUACUAUACACAAUACGGUAUACAAAAUCCAAAAAUACGUGUACUGCAGUGAUAAAUAUAUUAUUUAAUAUGCA